CAGGCCACUCUCAACCUCAUUCAUUACUGUCCACAAUGCUACUGCUCGGCCUAACCCUUGGCCUGGUCCUCCUUGGCUCUUCUUGGGGCUGUGGUGUUCCUGCCAUCACACCUGUGCUGAGCUACAGCCAGAGGAUUGUCAAUGGAGUAAACGCGGUGCCAGGCUCCUGGCCCUGGCAGGUGUCUCUGCAGGAUAGAAAUGGCUUCCACUUCUGUGGCGGUUCCCUGAUCAGCCCGAACUGGGUAGUCACUGCUGCCCACUGCCAAGUCACACCUAGACAACACUUGGUCAUUUUGGGAGAAUACGACCGAUCUUCCAAUGCUGAACCUGUGCAGGUGAUAUCCAUCUCAAAGGCCAUUACACACCCUAGCUGGAACCCUACCACCAUGAACAAUGAUGUGACACUCCUGAAGCUUGCCUCACCAGCCCGGUACACAGCACAAAUCUCCCCAGUCUGCCUGGCUUCCUCAAAUGAGGCACUGCCUGACGGCCUCACAUGCGUCACUACUGGUUGGGGCCAAAUCAGUACUGUGGGCAACGUGACACCGGCCCGCCUGCAGCAGGUAGUUCUACCCCUGGUCACUGUGAAUCGGUGUCGGCAGUACUGGGGUUCACGUAUCACGGAGUCCAUGAUUUGUGCAGGUGGCUCAGGAGCCUCUUCGUGUUACGGUGACUCAGGAGGCCCUCUUGUCUGCAAGAAAGGAAACACCUGGGUACUUAUUGGUGUUGUCUCCUGGGGCACAGAGAACUGCAACGUGCAAGCACCAGCCAUGUAUGCUCGGGUCAGCAAGUUCAACACCUGGAUCAAACAAGUCAUGGCCUACAACUAAAGUGUCCACAGAUCCUUUCCCCCGUCCAGUAAAGACACCAGACUCAGUUCUCUUCCA